GGUUACUCUCUCUUUUUCACGAUCAACUGCACUUGCUCCAAGCAUGGCGACGGCAAAAACUGUGAAAGAUGUCUCUCCUCAUGAAUUCGUGAAAGCAUAUGCUGCUCAUCUCAAGAGAUCCGGGAAGGUUGAACUUCCCCCGUGGACGGAUAUAGUUAAGACUGCAAGAUUCAAGGAGCUUGCACCUUAUGAUCCAGAUUGGUACUAUGUGAGAGCUGCCUCCAUGGCUAGGAAAAUCUAUUUGAGGGGAGGUCUUGGCGUUGGGGCUUUUAAGCGGAUUUAUGGUGGAAGCAAGAGGAACGGAAGUCGCCCUCCACACUUCUGCGAAAGCAGUGGUGCUAUUGCCCGUCACAUUUUACAACAGUUGCAGGAAAUGAACAUUGUUGAUGUUGAUCCCAAGGGUGGCAGGAAAAUCACUUCAAGCGGACGGCGGGAUCUCGACCAAGUUGCUGGCCGGAUAGUUGUUGCCCCCUGAUUGAUGAAUAGAGAUUUGUGUGUUUGUGAUGAGAGAUACGACCGUGAAAAUUUUGGAGUCAGCUGUUUGAAAGAUAAUCGGAUGAAGAUAAGCUUACUCGCGUUUUUCAUGGGUUUUGGAUGGUUUCAAGUUCAUUUUCAUCUCCUUGGUGUGGAUUUAUGCGUUUUUAGGAUGAGAUAUGUUUUUCAAUAUUCCGAACAGUCGCCUGGAUUAUGCUUAGCGACAGUGCAUUUGUAGUAAUUUUUGAAAUAUUAAAUCAUAGAGUUUGUCCACUUAAUCUCUUACUUGUUCUUAAAUA